ACCAAAUGAGUUAUCAGGAUGAGUUCCCUGAUAAUCAUUUCAUGUCCUGCAUUGGCAGCGUUACUGGUUUCCAAGAUGGUGAUGUGGAGGUUACAUGGGCUACUGGUUUCACAACCAAGGUUGCACCUUAUGAAAUUUUUCGGAUUGAGAAACAUGAAGGUUCAACUGUAACCCCCACUCCUUAUGAGACAAAUGUUGAAGAGUUAACUCAUGAGAUGAUUGAACACAGGAGUCUACCUUCUUGUGACAAGAAGGGAAAGGACUUGUUAAAUGGUGAUGGUACUAGGAAGAAUUGUGAAAAGAAUCUUGGGGAAUGUAGUUCCUUUUCCCUUCCUCGAGCUGCCUUUGAACUUUUCUCCAGCAUUAAAGCCAGCAUUUUCCAAACUUUUAGUGGAACUCUACUUUCAGGAGCAGUUUCCUCAGUACCUACAUUUGAAAAGGAGAAUAGAUAUGGUUAUCCAGACAAGAAGGAUUCGGAAACUUGUGACCUCUUUAAUUGUUUUGCUUAAGAGGGUAAAACUUAG